AUGACGCAUCCUUGGGUGACUAUCGUCUGCAUUCUUGCGGUUUUCGUCUUGCUUGGAGCCAAGCUUAAGCAGAGGACAAGACCCAACCUUCCCCCGGGGCCUCCUGGUCUGCCUUUAUUAGGAAACCUCCACCAAUUCCCUUCCAGCAACACCAGAACAACCUUUGACAAAUGGCACCGCACAUACGGCCCGAUCGUCAGCCUCACCCUUGGAACAAGACAUGUCAUCAUCAUAGGCAACGUCUCGAUCGCCAAUGAGCUAUUCGCCAAAAAAGGCCGGAUCUAUAGCUCUCGACCACGAAUGGUGAUGGCACUCGAGAAUCUAUCCCAAGGAAUGCAUACAGUGUUCCUCCCAUACGGUCCACAAUGGAGAGCUCAUAACCGCAUCCAUAAGACGAUUCUCGCGCCGAGCAAAGCCCAGUAUUUCCAUGAACUCCUCGAAGCGGAAACAAAAUUGACUCUGCGUGACUUGCUACAUACUGAGGACUGGGAUCGAAGUAUUGUGCGCUUUACAUCAAGUGUUGUGUAUAGUCUUGCGUAUGGAAAGCGACUCAAAGGGGAUGAACCAGAGGUCCAAAGGAUGGCUGAUUUUGUGGAGGAAACUAUGCGUGCGAUUUCUGGGACGUGGGUGGUGGAUAUAUUCCCUUGGGUUAACCGACUCCCCUGCUUGCUCAAUCCCUGGAAGAGACUAGGGAAGAGGUAUCACCAACAAGCCAUGCAGAUCUUCGCACAGAGCAGUCAACAUGCAAUGAACACUCCAGGAUGGAACUUUACCAAGCAUGUCCAGACAAAGGAACGAACAGAUGAGAUCGGCGAGGAGGAACUGCUCUACAUAGUCGGGGUUCUCUUCCAAGCGGGUAUCGACUCUACCUCCACGACUCUCCGAUAUUUCAUCCUAGCGUCCAUCUCACAUCCGGACGAAGUGGCAAAAGUGCAGAAAGAUCUAGACGCCACGGUGGGAAAUACUCGCCCUCCAACACUGAACGAUAUACCUUCCCUACCCUACACAACCGCAUUCAUCAACGAAAUCCUCCGCUGGCGCCCCAUCACCGUCGCCUCCUUACCACACUGCACCACCGAACCCGACACAUUCAUGGGCUAUGAUAUCCCCCCAGACUCAGUCAUCAUACUUAACCACUGGUCUACCGCUCUCAACACCGAGACGUACGGCCCAGACGCCACCCUCUUCCGCCCGGAACGAUGGAUCGAAAACCCCAAUCUGCCGCUCCUAGCCUUUGGAUGUGGACGUCGAGCCUGUUCGGGACAAUAUCUCGCGAGAAAAGAGCUUGAAAUUAUAAUUCCUGGUAUACUGUGGGCGUUUAAUAUCGAAGCUGGGACAAGAGUAGGGCUGGACAAGGGCCUUAGGGUUUGUGAAGGGCCUCGCGAGCCUUCCGUAUAG